AUGCUUAAGAAAGAGCAUUUUAAUAGGUUAAAGAAAAUAAGUGUUAACAAGUGUUUUACAGAUGUUUUUUAUCCUUCUGAUGGCUUGGUCACAGAUAGGAGACCGAAUUCAUCAUCCGUUCAUAAAACAAUGAAUGAAAGUCCUAUUGUCAUAUGCACACCCACUUCGUGCGCAGCUGUUCCCAAUCCUAGCUGCGGGUCUUCAUUUGAAACACCCGUUUGUCAUUCAGGUAUCUCACCUGUCGCUGUUCCAAUCGUGUCUGGUUUGUCUUCAAAUGUUCUAUGUUCUUCUGCUGUAUCUGUUACUUCAUCAGUUUCACCUAACCCGCCUUCCUCCUUGUCGCUGACGUCUUUGCAAACUCCUGUCAAUAGCUUGAACUUAAACGUACCUUCGUCUAGUCACAACCCAAUAAUUCUACCAUCAUCUGCGUCAUUGUUAAUUCAUUCAAUCAAUUCCCCAAACAAUUCAACUUCUGGGAUUCGUUCGGUCCCUCCAAUUACUAGUAGUUCCUUAGCUAUAAAUGGCUUGGGAAAUCCAAACAUAACCGUUCCUAUGACAUGUAAAAAUGAGUUUUUGUGUUCUACCAUAACUAAUCCUACUUUUUCGUAUGACUCCGUGCUGCCAGUUGAAUCAUCUACGAUUUGUCCAAAUCCAAGUUUUUCGACGAUCGCUAACCAAACAGUUGAAGUUAUUGAUCCAACACAAAAUUUGUCGUCUUCCAUAUCUGGGUCCACACCAGUCCACGUUAGCUUUACAGUCUAA